UUCGGAGGGUGGAAGACAGAGGGACACACAAACACAGCCGAAUUUCACAGAGAAAAACUGGGAAGUCGGGCAAUUUAACUUCCUUCUUCCCCCCAAAAUUUUUCAUUCUUCCCGCGCCAUUUUUCUUCAUUUCUCUUUCAUUUCCGACGCUGCUCAAUCGGCUUUUCAGCUCUCGGUAACUCCCUCCCUCCCUCAUUCGCUACUUCUCUCUCUUCUUGCCUCCAUAUAUUAAUUUCAAGUAUUAGGAUCCCCUGCACUCAUAGAUGUUGUAGCUCCAAUCCCUUUGAUUGAGAUGCCAUAGUUUGUUUCAAGUUUAUUACAGUAUAUCCAACUGUGAUGAUGAUUGAAACUAUUGACUUUUGGUGCUGACUGACAGUCAGCAAAGUGAAUUGAGAAAUCUGUGUUUGAAAAUUAAAUGGUUAAUACUUAAACGUGGUAGCAAUGGAGUGCAACAAGGAAGAGGCCAUUAAGGCUAUGCAAAUUGCUGAGAAGAAGCUGGAAAUCAGUGAUUUUUUGGGGGCGAGGAAGAUGGCUCAGACAGCACAUAGACUCUUUCCUACACUUGAAAAUAUUACACAACUGCUAACGGUAUGUGAGAUUCACUGUUCAGCUCAGAAUAGAAUAUGUGGAACUGAAAAUGACUGGUAUGGGAUUCUUCAAAUAGAACAAUCAGCAGAUGAAACUACUAUAAAAAAGCAGUACCGGAAGUUUGCAUUGUUGCUCCACCCAGAUAAGAACAAGUUUACUGGUGCAGAAGCUGCUUUUAAACUUGUUGGUGAAGCUAACAGGCUUCUCUCUGAUCAGUCAAAACGCAAGUUAUACGACAUGAAGUGUGGAGCUGGAAGAAGAAAUAUUGCACCUAAGUCAUCUCAUGAUCAGUCAAAUGGAUAUGCAGCAAUGAACAAGCAAGAGAGUGGAACUGCAAAUGGUUACUCAAGUGUUCCUUUCUCGCAUUUUCCUGGAAGAAAUUCAUACAAACCACCACCACCACAGCAGGCUUUUUGGACGUGCUGCCCAUUUUGUAUUGUGAGGUAUCAGUACCUCAAAUGUUAUCUUAAUAAGAUGUUGCGUUGCCAGAAUUGUGGCAGAGGUUUUAUCUCUCAUGACUUAAAUAACCAAAAUAUGCCUCCACCCUCCCACCAAGGUCAUGUCCCUCAGAAGAAAGUAGCUCCUGAGUCAGGACCCUCAAAAUCAGCUACACAGAUCAAACAUGGUUCUGAUAAUAAAUCUCAGGAUAGGUCUGCUGGGGUUGAACGAGCAUCAAGGGAAAAUUACACUGCUGGCAGUGAUUUGAAUGCUAAAGGUGGAAAAAAACAGAAGGCACAUGGGGAUGCCAAAGAUGGACAGGGUGGUAGUGUUAAGCCCAAAUCAGCUCCAAAGAGUGGAAAUAGGAAGCGACAACGAAAAUCAGCUACAACACCUGUCAACAAUUCUGAAGAUGACCAAGAUGUUGAUGAUGACGAUUUAUAUGAAAAGGAUUCUAGUCAAGGUAGAGGCAAUUGUCAAAGGAGAUCUUCAAGGAACAAGAACCAUGUUUCGUACCAGAAAUAUUUAAGUGAUGAUGAUGAUAAUAAUUUACAGAUUCCAAAGAAAUCAAGGGGCAGUGAAUCUGCGGACAUUAAAGAGAAAACGAAAGAUGCAACUGCAGAUGUUGCAGCAUCUAAAGUUGACAAAUCUUCAGUUGGUAAUGGUACUGUUGAUGGUCACAAAAAGGGCAUCAAACAUGAAGUACCUUCUCAACAUCCGGAAGUCUUGCCCAAAAUGAAACCCAAAUGUGAGGAACUGAAGGUAAUGGAAGAAGGAAAAAACAUGUCAGAUCAAAAUGAUAAAAAAUCCAAAGUUGAGGAUAUUGAUACAGAGAACAAAGAUGUAAAAGUACAUGUUUUGGUAUGUGCUGAUCCUGAGUUUAGCAAUUUUGAUAACGAUAAAACAGAAGAUUGUUUUGCAGUCAAUCAGGUAUGGGCUAUAUACGAUACCAUUGAUGGCAUGCCAAGAUUUUAUGCUCGUAUUAGAAAAGUGUUCUCCCCUGUAUUCAAGCUCCAGAUUACUUGGUUCGAACCAAAUCCUGAUAGCAAAUAUGAAAUUGAUUGGAGCGAUGCAGAAUUGCCUAUUGCAUGUGGCAAGUAUACUUUAGGAGACACCGAGGAAACUGCUGAUCUUCCCAUGUUCUCUCAUAUGGUACAUUGUCCCAAACAGUCUGUGAGGAAUACGUACUUGUUGUAUCCCAGAAAAGGAGAAACUUGGGCUCUUUUCAAGGACUGGGAUAUUAGAUGGAGCUCUGAACCUGAAAAACAUGUAGCUUUUGAAUAUGAAUUUGUUGAAAUCUUGUCAGAUUAUGUCAAGGAUGUUGGCAUCUCGGUUGCUUACAUGGACAAGAUCAAAGGGUUUGUCUGCUUGUUUCAGACUACUGAGAAGCAUAGACUGAACUCCUUCAAGAUUGCACCUAACGAGUUGUACAGGUUUUCUCAUCAAGUUCCUUCAGUUAGAAUGACUGGAAGGGAAAGAGAAGGCAUUCCGAAAGGAUCAUUUGAAUUAGAUCCUGCUGCUCUUCCCCCGAAUAUUAACGACCAUGUCGAUCUUACUAACAUCAAGAAGGAGACUGACAAUGCUGCUGCUCCAGGAAUAAUUGAUUCAUCUCAUGACUGUGAAUCUCCCGAAGCGGAAGUGGAAGAGAUUGGUAUUGAAAAUAAUGAGGCUGCAAACGUACAGAAGAAAUGCAACUCAGAGAAGAGUAAUCUGAAAAGUGAGGCCCCAACUAUCACACGAAAAUCACCAAGGAAGUUAAACACGACUGAAAAUGAUGCUCAGGUAGACAUAGAUAGGCACAUGCCUGAAGUUAAUGGAAGUAAAGUUGCUAGUCAAAAUGACCAAUCAGCACACAACAAAAGCAGUGUGUUUCAAAUAAAUGGAGGAACACACAGUCCAAAGAAACAUGUCAAGAUAGGCAUCGAGCGAGAAACGGUGAUACUUAGAAGAUCACCUAGAUUUGGGUAAGAAAAAUGCAGGUUAAUGUGUUAGAGAGGGAGAGAACAGCCAAUCUGGAUUCUUCCGAUGUUUAAGGCAAAUUUUGCUUUAAAGAACGGGAAGUAUUCAUCUCUCUAUAAAAUGAGAGCAGCCCAGUUGAUUUCGUUUCUUUCUUUCUUUUUUAUAUUUUCUCGUUCUAGAGAACUCUCGAACACUGUUCCAUGCUUCUUUUCAAGAAGGCAUAUAUCGACAAGUUCGAGUUUCAAAGUUUCUAGCUGAAGAAAACUUGGAUUUUGCUCAGACUGUCUGACAGUGGAGGGUAGAAGAGAGAGCUGGGUAGGCAUGUCCUAUCAUAGAUGAAUGAUAUCAAUCCAAUGGGAAGAGCAAGGAGUUGAGUGAGGCUGUUGGGAGGUUAAUAUCUUGGUUCUAAUUUGAAGAUUGGUCUGCAAAAGCAGGAAUUGUAAAUUCGAUGAUCCAACAUUUUAGUGUAGGAGUAGUAGAGUCAAUAGACAGAGAGGAGGAGCUUCAUCUUCCAUGUUACUGGAGUUUGAAUGAAAGUUACUCGUGUAUGGAGAAUUUGUUGGUGGAUUUUGGAUGAAAAUGUUCAUGUAGGGAGAGAGGGGGAUGCCUUCUGAUAUGUUAUCACUAAGUUCAUCUUGGGGGUCUGAUUUUCCCAUAUUUAUCCAUUUCUCUUCUACUAUCUUAGUAGUGAUGUUUGUAAAGAUGCUUGUAGGUUGGACUUUCUUCAGCAAAACUUUCUAAGGAUCAACAACAGAUUAUAAUCC